CAAAUCAUAACCAUCAUGUCGGCAUAUUGGUAUUGCUGCCAGUGCGGCGAGGGCGGAAACAACCCUUCCUACGUUGAUGAUUGCACCCAGUGCUAUCACACACGCUGCUCCUCUUGCACCAUCCAAAUCCACGAUACCCCGUACGCCUACGGGAUGACCACCAACGAGUACUCCACAAAUCAGUAUUCCCUUCUCGGUCUGGCAAAACACGGAAACCCGACAACGAAACUUAUCCAUAUGAUCAACGGAUGGUUGGGGCAGGCCGAAACAAACGCUUCCACUUCACUUUCGAACGAAGUCACCGAUUCUAUACCGCACGCUCCCGAACACUCGAUGACUCACAACGGUGACAUCCUCUUCUCAAGUUGUCCCAGCGGCGAUGUGGAAUACUACUGGUACUGCUGUCGUUGCGAUUUUGGAGCACUCAACUUGGCCCUUUAUGUUGAGUGUCCCAGAUGUAACGACCACGUCCGCUGCAGUGGGUGUAUAGUCGAGGCCAUCAAAAGAUAG